GCGGCCCCGAGCCCCCGCGGGACGGACCCGCCCCAGCCCCACGGACCGACGGACGGACGGGCAGACAGACGGACGGACGGGACCAUGGCCCUCCACCCGCGGAGGGUGCGCCUGAAGCCGUGGCUGGUGGCCCAGGUGGACAGCGGGAUGUACCCCGGGCUGAUCUGGCUGAACCGCGAGGCGAAGCGGUUCCAGAUCCCCUGGAAACAUGCGACUCGGCACAGCCCCCAGCACGAGGAGGAGAACACCAUCUUCAAGGCAUGGGCCGUGGAAACAGGAAAGUACCAGGAAGGAGUGGACGAGCCAGACCCUGCAAAGUGGAAAGCUCAGCUCCGAUGUGCGCUUAACAAGAGCCGGGAGUUUAAUUUGAUGUACGAUGGCACCAAGGAGGUGCCCAUGAACCCUAUUAAAAUUUAUGAAGUGUGCGACAUCCCGCAGUCGCAGGGAUCAAUCAUUAAUCCAGGUUCCACUGGCUCAGCUCCAUGGGAUGAAAAGGAUAAUGAUCUUGAUGAUGAAGAGGAGGAAGAAUUGAAUCAAUCUCAGCAUGUCCCAAUUCAAGAGACAUUUCCAUUUCUUAAUAUCAAUGAUUCUCCAAUGGCUCCAGCCACUGCAGAAAACUGCAGCCCUGAAACUGUGUGGCCAAAGAAUGAACCUCUGGAUAUGGAAAUGCCCCCAACAACGCUGCAGCACGACUUCUUCAGCAGCCCCGAGCUCUGGAUCAGCUCCCUGCCAAUGACAGACCUAGAAAUCAAGUUCGAAUAUCGAGGGAAGGAGACUGGACCCACGACGACCGUGAGCAACCCGCAGGGCUGCAGACUUUUCUACGGAGAGCUGGGUCCUAUGCCAGACCAGGAGGAGCUCUUUGGGCCCAUCAGUUUGGAGCAAGUGAAGUUUCCAGGGACAGAGCAGAUCACCAAUGAAAGGCAGAAGAUCUUCACGAGUCGGCUGCUGGAUGUUAUGGACAGGGGACUGAUCCUGGAGGUCAGCGGCCACGCCAUCUACGCCGUGCGGCUCUGCCAGUGCAAGGUGUACUGGUCUGGGCCCUGUGCCCCCUCCUCCACCACCCCAAAUCUGAUCGAGAGGCAAAAGAAGGUCAAGCUCUUCUGUCUGGAAACGUUCCUAAGCGAGCUGAUUGCCCAUCAGAAGGGACAAAUCGAGAAACAGCCACCAUACGAGAUCUACUUCUGUUUUGGAGAAGAGUGGCCCGAUGGAAAACCCAGGGAGAGGAAGCUGAUCGUGGUGCAGGUCAUCCCCGUUGUGGCCCGGAUGAUCUACGAGAUGUUCUCCGGUGACUUCACGCGCUCCUUCGACAGCGGCAGCGUGCGGCUGCAGAUCUCCACGCCGGACAUCAAGGACAACAUCGUGGCACACCUGAAGCAGCUGUACCGGCUGCUGCAGAACCACCAGGAGGGCUGGCCCAUGCAGGGCCCUGCCAUGCACAUGGCACAGCCACUCCCAGCACAGUGACCCGCCCUCGGCUUCCUCCGGGGUUCCUUACCUUGUACAUAUGCAGAAGUGUUUCUUAACCAGUGCCUUGCCUGAAUCUGAAUAAAUAAAAUCUGUAAAUCUC